AUGAAUUGUUGGUUAUUGCUGCCUUUUAUGUUCGGAAUUCCUCUCCUGUGGCCUUGCAUUAUAGCAGCAGAAAACUCUAAAACAGAGGAGGUGAGGCACCCAGCGGGAUCUCACUUGAGAAUCAGGCGUGGCUGGAUGUGGAACCAGUUUUUUGUACCAGAGGAAAUGAAUAAGACCAGACAUCACAUUGGCCAGCUAAGAUCUGAUUUAGACAAUGGAAACAACUCUUUCCAGUACAAGCUUUUGGGAGUUGGAGCUGGAAAUAUUUUUGCCAUUGAUGAAAGAACAGGUGACAUAUAUGCUGUAGAGAAGCUUGAUAGAGAGGAACGGUCCCUCUACACUCUCAGAGCCCAGGUAAUCGACACCACUACUGGAAGGGCUGUGGAACCUGAGUCUGAAUUUGUCAUCAGAGUGUCGGAUAUCAAUGACAAUGAACCAAAAUUCCUAGAUGAACCUUAUGAGGCCAUUGUACCAGAGAUGUCUCCAGAAGGAACAUUAGUAACCCAGGUGACAGCAAGUGAUGCUGAUGAUCCUUCAAGUGGCAAUAAUGCUCGUCUUGUGUACAGCUUACUACAAGGCCAACCAUAUUUCUCCAUUGAACCAACAACAGGAAAAAUAAGGAUAUCUUCUAAAAUGGAUAGAGAACUGCAAGAUGAGUACUGGGUGAUUAUUCAAGCCAAAGACAUGAUUGGUCUGCCUGGAGCACUGUCUGGAACAACAAGUAUAUUAAUCAAACUUUCUGAUGUCAAUGACAAUAAACCCAUAUUUAAAGACAGUUUAUACCGCUUGACUGUCUCUGAAUCUGCACCUGUUGGGACAUCUAUAGGAAAAAUCAUGGCAUAUGAUAGAGACAUAGGAGAGAAUGCAGAAAUGGACUACAGCAUCGAAGACGAUUCAAGAACAUUUGACGUCAUUACCAAUAAUGAGACCCAAGAAGGAAUAAUUAUACUAAAAAAGAAAGUGAACUUUGAGGACCAGAACCACUAUCGUAUUAGAGCAAAAGUUAAAAAUCCCCAAGUUGAUGAGCAACUCAGGGAAUACCACACUGAAGCUUCCACCACUGUCAUCAAGAUCCAGGUGGAGGAUGUUGAUGAGCCUCCUGUUUUCCUCCUCCCAUAUUACAUCUUUGAAAUCUUUGAAGAAUGCCCUCAUGGAUCCUCUGUAGGCACGGUCUCUGCCACUGAUCCUGAUCAGAGGAAAUCUCCUAUUGGAUAUUCUAUUACCAGAAGUGAAGUGUUCAGUGUUGAUGACAACGGCACAAUCUUCACAAUGAACCCACUUGAUCGAGAGACUAGUGCUUGGUACAACCUAAGUGUUAUAGCCACGGAAAAAUACAAUAUCACACAGAUUUCUUCAGUCCCUGUCUAUGUACAAGUUCUCAAUAUCAAUGAUCAUGCUCCUGAGUUUUCCGAAUACUAUGAGACUUACGUUUGUGAAAAUGCAGUCGCUGGUCAGGUGAUUCAGACCAUCAGUGCAGUGGAUAGAGAUGAAUCCGUAGAACAUCACCAUUUUUAUUUCAAUCUGUCUGCGGAAGAAAAUAACUCAAGUUUUGCAAUCAUAGAUAAUCAAGAUAACACAGCUGUAGUUGUGACCAAUAGAACUGGUUUUAGCCUUCACGAAGAGCCUGUUUUCUACAUAUCCAUCCUAAUUGCUGACAAUGGAAUCCCAUCGCUUACAAGUACAAACACCCUUACCAUACACGUGUGUGACUGUGGUGAUGCUGACAGCACACACACCUGCAGUCAUAAGGAUUUUAUGCUUUCCAUGGGAUUCAGGGCAGAAGUCAUAACUGCUGUGCUGAUAUGCAUUAUGAUAAUAUUUGGGUUUAUUUUUCUGAACCUCGGUCUGAAACAACGGAGAAAACAAACGCUGUUUCCUGAGAAAAGUGAAGAACUCAGAGAGAAUAUAUUCAGAUACGAUGAUGAAGGUGGCGGAGAGGCGGACACAGAGGCCUUUGACAUUGCACAGCUGCGAGGCAGCGCGGUAAUGCGGGGCCGCAAGCCCCGCAGACACGCCAGGGCGGAGAUGCGCAGCCUGUACAGGCAGUCUCUGCAGGUCGGCCCGGACAGUGCGGUGUUCAGGAAGUUCAUUCUAGAAAAGCUGGAAGAGGCUGACACUGACCCCUGUGCCCCACCUUUCGACUCCCUCCAGACCUAUGCUUUUGAGGGAACAGGGUCCUUAGCUGGAUCCCUGAGCUCCUUAGACUCUGCACCCUCUGAUCACGAUGAAAAUUAUGAUUAUCUUAACGAACUGGGACCUCGCUUUAAAAGAUUAGCGUGCAUGUUUGGUUCCGCUAUGCAGUCAAAGAAUUAG